CAGCGAAGGGUAGGUUUUCGCUUGUUUCGGGUUAUCAUAAAGGUUUUGUCUGGGUUUUUGAGAAAGAUUUGAGAGAUGAUCGGAUGGGAAAACACGAGGAGUGCCUUAGGAAAGCUGGAAGAAUUGUUAACAUGCAAAGUUUGUACCAAUCUUGUGUCUGAUCCUUGUUCUCUUGAAGCUUGUGAUCACAUUUUCUGUCGUAACUGUGUAGAAAAAUUGGUUGGGGCUGAUUCAAAAUGCCCAGAAUGUGGAGCAUUUGCUUGGGUGAAGAACUUGAAAACCAACCGUCAACUUGCCAACACUGUCAGCAUGUGUACAAAGAUAAGAAAGCUUGUUGGAUCAGAUGAUCAUGAUAAGAGUAGUAGUGGUGAUGAUGAUAACAAUGUCAAAUGCAUCUCAGACUUGAAUAACAAACCAGAAACUAAAACAAUUUGGGAGGAAACACAGUCAGUGUUUGAUCAAGAAGCUGAUUCUUAUCAAUUCUCAACACCUGAAAUUGUCAUCCCUGCUAAGGUAACAAACAAAUGUGAUGUUGCCCUGCAGGAAAUAUCAUGUAACAACAAGAAACAAUCUAAGGAACCCACUCAGACAAAGAAUCUCAGCAGGAAAACACAGACGAACACUGCAGCAAAAAGGGAUAAUAAUGGGAAAGAAAUUACAAAACAAGGUCUCUGCAGGGAGCUUGAUGAACAGGACAGUGAAACAUGUCCUGCAAAUGAGAUCCUCGCAAGUGGACAGGGAUUCAAAGAAAUUGUUGAAACUUCAUUGUCAGGUAGUUCAAAAGAUGAGAUAAGAACACAAGCAAAGAAAAAAUGUUUUGGAAAACAUUUAAAGAAAACAAGAUUAAUAAAGAAAACAUGUCCAGUUGUCACAGAAAAUGAUGUUCAUGAAAAUAAAGGACAGACUGAUCACGUGUUAACAGAAAAUAUUGUCACUGAACAGUUUGAAGUUACAGAUGAGGGGGGAAACAAUACUGAUAAAGAAAAAGACAAAGAGAACCCUGACACAGGAUGUUUUACAAGGCUAAGAUCAAAAGGUCCACUUACUUCUGAUGGCUCAGUUAUGAUGCAAAAUAAGGGACCUUCACAUAAAGGGAGUCCUAAAGCUGUAGAAAGCACUCCAAGGACAAGGGCUCAAAAAAGGAACUUGAGAGGAACACCACAGAGUUCUUCACUUUGGACCCUGCCUCAGAAUGAGCUGCAAAAAAAUCUUACAAAUGAAAGAAUCCACAAUGAGCAGGUGCUUAUGAAAAAGAAAAAGACAGAGGAUACCAAAGAAACUCCUUUGAAGUCCCAAGGAAAUAGGAAAAGAAAAAUGUCAGAGCAGACUUUAAGCAGCCCAAAGAAUUGUAUUCUCUGUCCCCCUGAAGUCAAGAGAAAUAAACGUGGAGAAACACCUCUUCAUGUGGCUGCCAUUAAGGGCUGUGUGGAAACCGUGAGAAAGUUACUUGCAGGAGGAGCAAAUCCUAACACCAAAGAUCAUGCUGGCUGGACUCCUCUGCAUGAAGCCUGUAACCAUGGCUAUCUUACCAUCACUGAACUUCUGUUGGAACAUGGUGCAAUGAUUAACACUCCUGGAGGGUUUGAUCAUGAUACACCUCUGCAUGAUGCAGUCACCAAUGGGAGAGUGGAAGUAGUGAGUCUGUUGAUCUCCAGAGGAGCUGCUCUUAAUGUCAGGUGGUAUGUAGGGAUACUGAAAAGCUUGCAGAGAAAAACCUGGGUAGAUGAAACACCUUUUGAGGUUAAGGGUACCAAUGAUGCUAUGAUGGAUGCACCUAAAAGAGCUCGCAUCAAUUCUCUGAAGCAGCUUCCUGGUUUGUUUGAUGGAUGCCAGUUUUUCUUCAAUGGUGAAUUUAUCCCUCCUCAACCUUCAAAAGAGGAUCUAGUACAGUUGGUCAAAUAUGGUGGAGGCAGAAUCUUAUCUCGUGAACCGAAACCAGAUAUUGAUGAAUCUCUCUGCUUACCUAGAACUCCUGAAUCUAACAAGGCCUCUGUCACCUUAGCCCCUGUUGCUUACCAUGCAGAUCCAGACACUAAACAUUACAGAUGCACUCAAUUCAUCAUCUAUGAUUCACUGGCAGAAAAGAAGCCUCGGUCAGUUUGUAGCAUGCCCUCGACAUGGCUUAUGGACUGUGCUUCAAACUUUCAAAUACUGACUUUAGAGUGAGACUGUAAUGCCUGUAUGGUGUUCAUUGACUUCAUUAGGCAGAACAGAUCUGACGAUUCUUCAGCUACUGCCCAGAAUUCUCCUGCUAAAUUUUGAUAACCUGAGCUGCUAGCUAUUCAAAUGUGGAGAAUAUUCUUGUUACUUACUGCUACACCCAGGUUGUUUUAACCCUUUAACUCCCAUCAGUGACCAAGACAGAAUUUCUCCUUACAAUAUAAAUACAAUGGCAAGCAGACAACUGAUGAGAAUAAAGAAAAAAAUCUUAAUUUGGGAUUAGUUGAUCCAAUACCAAAUUCUCCAAACUAAUAUCAAAAGAACUAUAUUGCAGACAGUAAGGAGAAUUACUCAUGAGAUCUUGGGAGUUAAAGGGUUAACACACCUUAAUUGAGAAGAAUGAUCUGACCUCUGCCUAUAACGACUCCACAUCAAACAUUUUUUCUAGAAAUAUUGUAUUUAAUAUUUUCAAAUUUCUAAUGCAACUAUUUAACAAUGCUAUUUGUCAGAGUAUUCAUUAAAAAGCAUUUAAGUCUUAUCUAAGCAACCACUAAUAUGCAAAUGAGGCAUAUGGUGCAUUCUUGUGCAGUGAACCCACAAUUUUUCAUUUUGUUUUUGUCAAAGCCCUUAAACCUCAGAAAGAGAAAAAUAUGUAACUUCUCAUCUCAAUUUCAAUACAUAUCCACCAAACAAGUGAAGAGAAAAUGCCAUUUCAUUUUCUAGAGGAUCAUAUGGUAAUAUAACAACAAAUUGGCGCAGUUAUUUUACAAAGAACUG